AUGUCGAGGGUGCGCGGCGGCGACGGUGGCGAACCCGGCGGUGGCGACGGUGGUAGCGUUCUCGCACCGAAGGAUCCGGCGAUGGCGCGACGAAAGAAAAGCAAGUCUGCGGAUGAGUCGUGUGACCGUGUGAGAGAGGUGAACUCAGAUGUCAAGGAUGGUUUCCCAAUUCUCGUUUUGAAUGGAGAUAAGAGACUCACGCUUCUGCCAUCGCUUCCUCCACAAAAAGAAUCUCCUGAUUCUGAGGUUUCUCCUUUUUCAAGUGAAAAAUCAUACACUUCUUCAGAUAGCAAGUUUCCAUUUGGAAAAUGGGUCCAUGUUGGCUGUCAGGUCUCAAGUGAACUUUUACGGCUUCACAGUGACGGGGAAGUGGUGGAUGAGAAGCCCCUAAGUGCCUCAAAAGAAGGAGAAUCUAGCCCUUUAAGGAAAAUAAGUUUGGUUAGUACCAGUGGAACUGAUGAUGGUAUAGAAGGUUAUUUAUACAGUCCAAAGGUCUUGCACCCUUCUUCAUCCAUUGAGGAUCAUUAUAAGGACUCACCUGUACACUUAGCUAUUGACAAGUCAUCUGCUUCUGACAUAGAAGAAGGUAGUGAUGGUGUCUGGAGUAUCGUGGGUGGAAAGGCAUCGUGUCGGAGGAACUUUGCGUUGGAUGUUGUCUUGCUAGAUGCCUUUGGCCAGAUUGUGAAUAAGGAAAUGGAGGUUGUUGCUUCACUUUUGUAUGCUAACAGUGGGUCACUGGUGGAGAAACCAGUGAUGAUGAAGCCCCGCCGUUGA